AUGGGUAAAAAGUGGCGAUGGGGUGUCAUUCUGGACGCCGGGUCCUCCGGGACUCGGCUGCACAUCUACCGAUGGAAGGACCCCGAGAAAGCGCUCAAGCACGCAUCCAAAGAGGAUCUUAGAAGUCUACCGAAAUUGAUGACGGAAAAGCAUUGGACCAAGAAAAUUACGCCAGGAGUGUCUACGUUUGCGGACAGCGUGGAAGAUGUCGGCCCAUACUUGCAGUCCCUGAUUGAGCAUGCGCUCGAGUACGUGCCCGAGGACAAGGUGAAGGAUACGCCAAUCUUUCUGAUGGCGACGGCGGGGAUGCGGCUGCUACCGCAAGUCCAGCAAGCCGCUUUGACGCGCGAAAUAUGUCUCUACCUUAGGCAAAACUCCCAAUUUUCUUUGCCCGACUGCGAUCUCCAUAUCCAGGUCAUUAAGGGCGAGACGGAAGGGUUGUACGGCUGGAUUGCCUCCAACUAUCUGCUGGGAGGUUUUGACCACCCCGACAAGCACCAGCACGGCAAGGGACAUCAUACAUAUGGGUUUCUGGAUAUGGGUGGCGCGUCGGCGCAGAUCGCUUUCGCUCCGAAUGCUACAGAGGCGGCGAAGCACGCCGACGACCUCAAGCUACUACGAUUGCGAACGCUCGAUGGGUCCCCGGCGGAACACAGAGUCUUCACUACCACAUGGUUGGGGUUCGGUGUCAAUCAAGCUAGACAGUCUUAUGUCAGCAAACUCGAAGAGCAAUAUGCGACUUCCGAUGGCGAACUACCCGAUCCCUGCUUACCCAAGGGCUUACGGACGACACUAAAAGGCGACCCAGUUUACGACUCCAAGUCAGGCAUUCCGAUCCUUGUCGGCACCGGUUCGUUCGAUGAAUGCCUGAAAAAGACACACCCGCUUCUGGGCAAGGAUAAGCCUUGCUACGAUGAUCCCUGUCUACUAAACGGGCAACAUGUGCCCGCCAUUGAUUUUGACGUUAACCACUUCGUCGGUGUCUCGGAGUAUUGGCAUACGACACACGGAGUAUUUGGUGGCAAGGACGACGAGGCGUAUGAUUUUUCUACUUACCAGGCCAGGGUUAGGGAAUUCUGCGGGCGGGACUGGGAUGACAUCGAACCUGAGAUUGACAGCAGGAAGAAACACGCCCUGAGAAAUGCGCGGGAGGCGUGCUUCAAGGCUUCCUGGCUGAUCAACGUGCUACACGAGGGAAUUGGCAUUCCGCGUAUUGGCCUCGAGCAUCUGCCAGCGGCAAAUGUUUCCAAGGGGGCACUCGAGCACGGGAAGGAAAAGGGCUUCCUCGACCCCUUCAAGCCGAUAGACAAGAUUGACGGCAUCGAAGUCAGCUGGACACUAGGCAAGAUGGUGCUUUACGCUGCGGGGCAGAUCCCCCCGAAGAGCGGCGACGACAGGUAUCCGGUUGGCUUUGGCAGCAACGUGGCCGGAAUCCCACCAGAUUUCCAAUUCGCCGGAUCAAGCUGGAAGCCCCUCGACCAUCAUCACGGUAACCACACGAGCGACGACGAUGACGACUGGGACCUCGACGCCGACGACAUUCUUGACAAGGCAAAGUCAAAAUCCACAACCGGCUUUUUCCUCUUCCUGAUCCUCCUCAUCCUAGCUCUGUACUUCUUCCGUAAACGCGAGCGACGCAUGCGCCUCUACAGCAGAGUCAACUCCUUUUGCCGCCGGGCUCGCCGACCAGGAAGCGGCGCCCGCAAGGGCAGCGGCAGCAGUGUCCGCAGUCUGUCCGGGCUCACCUCCAAGCUGUUCGGGCGCCCGUCAGCGGCGUAUGAGCGCGUGCUGGAAGAGGGUGACGCGUCUCACUUUGAAUUGAGCAGCGACAUCGACUAUUAUUCAUCGUCGUCAUCGUCGGACGACGGCGCCGGCAACUACGCCCACGACUACUACUCGGACCACCUGAGUGAAGGCGGUGUGAGCGCCGGCGGGUCGUCGCGGCUCGGCCGGUCUUCGGGCCUGGCCACCCCCAGCGUGGUGGCCGAUCUGGCGUCGCCCUCGUCGGUGUCGUCGUCGGCGCUGGACCGGAGUGGGCUGGUGGUCAGGACCGAGAGCCGAGAGCGGUUGGCGCUGCCGAUGCACUUGAGCGCUGCCGGGCGGAGGAGUAGGGCCGGAAGUCCGACGCGGCUCAAGAGUCCUCUUUUGACGCCUCUGCAGGAGACGUAG